CAGUGUAGUUGUGACUAUUGGACGUGGUGGUUGUGUAUGUGUGCGUGCCCACUCAUGGCAGCGGACUAUGACGGCUCGUAGAUUUGACAGCUAGCUCAAUGCGGGUUCAGACGUUCAUUAAACGACCACCGUAAUUUCGUGAAAUAGUUGACAGUUUACGUACAAAUAAAGUUACGUUCGCGGUGAGCUUUACGCGGUGAACCGCGAAUUUUGAGCUCAAAGAUUUUCGCGCGCUCUUGAACUUGACGUGUUAUUAUGAUAGAAAUUGAAUUGAUUUGUGACAUUUCCGUUCGUAUUUACUUAUCAUGUUCGCAAUUAGAUACGCUUCGUCGGAAAUCAGUCUGAGGGGCAUUGGUAUGAAUAAAAUAUUACCCGCGGUUUGGUGGUCUCAACUAGACGGAAUGAUAUCACUAAAUACGAGCGAAAAAUAAAGUGGACUGUAAUGACCUUGUUUGAACUAUACCAAUUAAUUAUGGCGAAAAAAAGGUGAUAUUGGAUAUUAAGUGUGAUUCAGUUUAUUGUGAUGUAAUUGUCAUUUUAUAAACUUUUCUUUUAGUGCAACUUUAACAUUUGUUUUUAUUAGUGACUUCAGGUUUUUAUGGCUUAUUUUAUGUGAAAUUUGUUUGGAAUCUCUGCAACAUACGAUUGAUUCACCGAGUGUCUGAUGAAAAUUCACCGUCCGUGCGUUCUUCGUGAAGAAUCUGUGGGCUCGAUCGCUGCUGUGAAGUGAAUGGAAUCCGAAGUGUGUGUGUGACUGAUAAGGUGAUAGUGUCGGCCCCGGUGGCCGAGAACCUGCGACGGAAGAUACGGACGCGAGCCGCGCGGGCUGCGGGCCCGCGAUGAGCGCCAACAAUUGCGACAGCAUGACAUAUUUCUCAAACGCUUACAUGCCAGACAUGAGGAACGGAGGUGGCCACGACCACCAACAAGCCCACGCGCACUAUGGAGCGGUGCCACAGCAGGGGCACGAGAUGGAGGGCUGCGACCCGCAGCUCAGACCCACACAGCACCACUAUUCCGCGCAGACGGCACCUGGAAUGCCCUACCCUAGGUUUCCACCGUAUGAUCGGUUGGGAUACUAUCAACAAAUGGAACAGAACGGUUACCGGCCAGAUAGUCCAUCGCAAAUGGGUCACAUGGGUCCCAAAACAGAUGGAUAUGGACCAAACGGUCAUCAGCCACCAACCCCUGCGGUCUACACGUCGUGUAAGCUGCAAGCUGCCGCCGCUACGGCGGGUGGAGUUCCUGGAAGUCCGCCGCUGGAGCAAGCGCAGCAAAUGCCGCAUCAUAUGCAUCCGCAGCAGCAUAUGGUGCAGCACGGCGUUCCACCUCACCAACAGCACCUCAUGUACCCGGUCGACGACAUGCAGCAUCAAACGCAGAUGCCGCCGAUGCACCAGCAGUCCAUGCACGCGCAACAAGCGCCUCCCCAACAAGCACCGCCAAACACCAACGCGUCGCUACCCAGCCCGCUGUAUCCUUGGAUGAGAAGUCAAUUCGAGCGAAAACGGGGCCGGCAGACGUACACGCGAUACCAGACGCUCGAGCUGGAAAAGGAGUUCCACUUCAACCGGUACCUGACGCGGAGGAGACGGAUCGAGAUCGCCCACGCGCUCUGCCUCACCGAGCGCCAGAUCAAGAUCUGGUUCCAGAACCGCCGCAUGAAGUGGAAGAAGGAGAACAAGACCAAAGGGGAGCCAGGCUCCGGAGACGAACCGGACAACAUGAGUCCGCCCACCUCGCCCCAGUAAAAGCCUCCUUAGUUCGCGCGAUCAGUGAAAGAUCAAUGUUUCAGGUUAAACGACGGCCUUCAGUGUUCAUUUAUUUUCAUAUAAAAGUUGUGCACCGGUACACGAAUCUGAAACGAUCGAUCGUUACGGAGUUACUAGAACAGUUUAAUUUGUAUAAAUUGUAUGUUGGACUUUUCAUAAUAUUACAUUAUAACUAAUACGUAACUUAGUGACUUGACAUAAAGAGUAAUGAUAGUGUGAUGAAGAGAUUUUUACAAUUGUUAAGUAUAAAUUAAUUUAUAGAACAAUCUCAAUACCAAUAAUUACCAAAAACGCGGUAUGUAUAAAACUGCGACUUUAUGUGAUUUCAUUAUUUAUGUAGUUGGAAAAAAUCAUUAUUUGAAAUCUGAUGAAUGUGUUUUCUUCUUGAUGGGAUGAUAAUUAUUUUAAAGAGCUUUGCUUUCAUUUAUUUUACGAAUUUAUUUUGCAACAAGUCUUUUAUAAUUUAUCUAAUUGAAAUGGUUUGUUUUCUUUUAAUGCGAGACAAGCCCUUUAAAAUAAUUGAACAAAAUUCUUUAUUUAAUGAUAUUGAAAUAACAAAACCGUAAGGACCUCUUAUAAUUAACCAUUGAUAAGAAGGCAAUUAGUAUCGAUAUUGUUAUUAUUUAAUAUAUUUGAUGUUUUAUUUCUAAUUAAGCUAUCGAAGUGCUAUUCUGUACAUAUAAAAAUGAUAAUUUGUAGAUUUUACGACUAUGUACAAUUGUUUUAGUGUGAAUAAUAUUUGAUAUAAAUGAUAAGUUCUCGUUUUUAUCUCACGGCGAGUAUUUAUUUUAUUGUGAAUCUUCUCUGAUUUUGAUUUUUACUUUGUGGAGGGGAAGGCCAGUUUUACAAGUGCAAUGUAUACGAUUUUCGACGACACAUAUACGUAAUUAUAAUAACUGAUAAUAAUCUGAUAGGAAAUUUAUAUAAAUGUAAAAUUAUUGCGAGUACGACAUAAACGAUUGUAAUUUAUUGGAAUAUUAAUUUGAAAUGUCGAACCAUACAGAUGCGUAAAGAACAAAUGUUGAGACAGAGAAAUUCACUGAAGGUUGUAAUAGUUAAAGUGGAAAGUUACCUUCAAUCUCGUAGGUGCAAACUUGAUACUUAUUUUUCUCAUAAUCUCUAUGAAAAGUAGGUACGGGACAUGUACACAGUAUACCAAAGUUAGGGAAUAAACUUGGUUGUUCAAUGUAGACCUUUAAAGAGUAGGUGCGUCAUCAACCCUUUCAUAUACAAGUCUUCGAGACACGAUAAAUGGUAUUUUUAUAAAAUCAUUGCCUAAAGAAACCGAUAUACGUAAAAAAUUAUCGAGCAUAAUAUUUACUUGUAACAUGUUAGUUUUACUAGUAAGUACUGUUAAAGGUGUGAUUUUGUCGGGAUCCACGUUAUAUGUUCUUUCAACUAUUUAUUGUAAAUUGUUUUUCUCACAUAGUUUGUAGCUAGCAAAACUUUUGACUAUAAACUCAUUGAGCCCGUUUCUUAUACAUAUUUCUUUUUAAUUUGUGCUGUGUUCGUUAAGUAAAUGUAAAUUGUAUUAACUGUAUAUUGUCGAUAUAAUACACUAUAUUUAUUUAUUGAUUCGCUUAACUAGGUUCGCUUUUCAAUACUUUUACUUGAUUGGGUAUAUUUUUCUAUAGAUAUCUGGCUGGGAUUUAUAUUCUUUAUAAGAUUUGCUCAAAUGAUUUGUUUAUUUAUUAAGCCGACAGUGCAUAUAUGUACUAAUAUUUAAAAGUAAGGAUAUAAUGUGUUUGGCUAUUUGAAAUUAUGCUUCUUUAGAGUUUUGUAUCUUCCUUAAACAUUCUUCUAUGUAAUAAUGUACUUAUCCAAUACAUAUAAAACUUUCUUUAGCAAUGUGCAAUUUCAUAUGAUCCCUUGCCAGAUGAAAAUUUAAUAAUCGGUUUGUAAAAUUUUAUAAGAAAUUAAUUAGGUUUUUAAAAAAUAAGUUCUCACCCUAGGUCUAUAGACGCAGUCCUUAAACGUUAAAAGAGUCCGUAGAAAGAUUGAAUGAAUCUAAUUUGGACAAUUUUAUUUACCAUUGUGUCCUAUCGAUUCGAAAUUUAUUGAAAUAUAACUAUAAUUAGUAAUUUAAUAAGGUUAGGCGAGACGAUAUUGUCAUA